GUUAAAAUUGGACCAUGUUUCGUAUAGUUUUAAUGUGUUUGGUGAUAUCACUGAGCGAUGCAAAUAAAAAACUUUUAAGUGAUAAUUUGGAAAAUGUGAAUAUAGACAUAACGGAAUUAUGGGGACGGUUUCCCUUAAAUUUAAUGAAAAACGGUACGCAAAUAUCGCAAAAGUGUAGAGUUGCUUAUGAUCAUUAUCUGGAGGGAUUAAAUAACUUUAAUUUAGAUGAUUUAAAAAUGUGGGAUUCAACGGGUAAAUUGCCUUCUGGAAUUUUAAGCGGAAAUAUAAAUCAAUUCGGUGAUUUUGACGAAUGUAUGGGUUUAAAAAAUGGAAAAUAUUGUUUAGCUGACAUUGAUAUAAAACCUGCCAUGAAGGGAGUUUUCGCCUCAUAUAAAGGAUAUGUGCAUUCAUUCUUUCCAAUUAAGGACACAUUAAAUGAUUCUAAUCACAGAACUCCAGGCUUUUCAAUGAUUAAGUGGGGCUUUUGUAUUCCAAAAGAUUGUUCAAAUGUAGAUUUAGAAAAAAGUUUGCAGGAACAUUUAGGAUUUGAAGCCAAAGUAAAAAGUAACAUGUGUCAAGUUGGUUCACCAAUCAAAAGUAAAGCGUCCAUAGGCUUACAAAUUACACGGUGGUAUUUUGCAAUUCUACUUGUAUUGGUUGUAACUGCUUCUAUUAUGCAUUCAAAAUUGCAAAAUAGUAAAAAUAUAUUUUCAAAAAUAUUAUUCUGCUUUGCUUUUCAAAGAAAUUUUGAAUCACUAACCACAGUUAAAGAUGAAAAGGAAGAGUUUAGUUCAAUACAUGGAUUUAGGGCUUUAAGUGCCAUAGCAUUGCUUGGCACCCACAAAUCAAUGGCACUGCUAUUUAACCCUUAUAUUAAUAGGGUCAAAUUGGCUGAAGUAAUAUUUUUGUACUCAAUAUUUUGUUUUAUUUUAAAUACAAUUUUGUAGAAUAUUAGCAUGGGUUGGAGUGUAAUUGGCAGAACUGCCAUUGUUUAUACAGAAAACUUUUUUGUAAUGAGUGGUUUAUUAAAUGCAAAUGCUUUGUUUAGGGAUUUGCAAAAAAAAAAUUCCAUUGGAUUUGUGGAUAAAAUUAUAAAUAGGAUUUUUAGAAUCCUUCCUAGCGUUUUGUCUGUUAUUUUAUUUUAUACCUAUAUACUUCCAUUUUUGGGUUCUGGACCUCAAUGGCCCCUUGUAGUGGAUUAUCACUCAGAACUUUGCAAGAAAUAUAUGUGGAGAAAUAUUUUUUUUAUACACAAUUGGUUUGGAUUUAGAAAAAUG